AUGACCAAUUCUGCCAAAUACGGGGUGAAUGGAAAAUGGCCAUCAACGGUGGCGGUCAGAACCCACUUUCCGUCGCUGGUGCACCGAAAUUACGAGUCCGAGAAAGAAGCGCUGGAGCUCAAGUUCAAGCCUGAGUCUCAUGGACAGAAGCUGGAGCUUUUCUCAGCGGGGUACAUUGACGGCCAUUGUAAGGGAGUUAUGGUACAAGGAGUCUUUGCCCUUUUGGACUACUUGGGUGUGGGACCAGCAGACAUCUCUCACGAUGAAGAGAUGCUGAACCUUGUAGCUUCACUGAAGUACCUCCGUGCAAACUAUACCCAGUUUGCCACCCAAGAGCAAUGCAUCUAUGAAGCUCUUAGUCAGAAGCUUACCAAAUUCACAUGUAAGGGCAGAACGCGCCAGGAAGCAGUCCGCAUGAAGCGCCUGACGAGCAAGGGAACUGCAGUCCGAGAUCUUUUGUUUUCUGCAAUAGCGGAAUACAACCGGCUACAAACCACCAAGACGGUGACACCUGAAGCUACCAUGCUCUGGGCUCAGCGCUCCUGGAAGGACCACUGCAAGAAAGCGCCGGCAGAUGCCAAACUGCAACCGUGGCUGGCUGAGACCCUGACAGGUCUCAACAAUGGGAUGAGGACUGAGAUCAAGGCUGAAGACGAGGACGGUGACAAUGCCGAUGGAGACACAGCUGGAGACGCCGAACCCGAGGGCGAGAUCGAUUCCGAUGAUGAGAACUCCAAGAACAAUGCAAGCGGCGGAGAUGCGUUGCUGCGCGAUUUCAACUACAGGGUUGAAAGCUUCUGCCCUGCGCAGUACUGCGGCGGCAUGAACUUCAUUGCUAAGCUGGUGGAGGGCUUGCAGCCUGGGGCAACGGAGGUUCCGCUUGUCCUCAUUGACGCAAUGGGCUUUGAUGGAUGGCCAGGAAAGAAGAUUGCUUGCGCCACCAUCUGUCACACCAAUGCCGACGCAAGCUUUGUCUCAUCCACCUUGGCUGGAAAAGUGUUCAGCAUGGCGCGCAGCAAUGAGCUGAACAUCGCGGCCUUUCCCAACUUUAGUUCAGCGAUGGCUGAAAUCAAGCAGUUCCAACGGUCGCCGCAGCCAGACUAUCAAGUCUGUGUGUGCCUGGGCGAUGGCAGCCUCAUCGUGAGAGAGUCACUCAUUCAGUUUUGGUCGAAGAAGCACACAAGCUUUUUAGAGCAGCUGACCAACUUGGUGGACGACCACAACAAGGAGUUCAACCCGAAAGGGUUGAAGCGUGGAGCUGAACCCAACAAUGAGGAAACCAAUGAGGAAGUUGCUGAAACACCCAAAAAGCGUCUUCGAUUGACCACGGCCAAGACCUAUGCAGAGUUGGAAGUUAUGCCCCUUAAUGAGUUGCUCAAGGUGCUGGAAGACAACGGGGAGGUCAACUACCAGGUUGCGGAACAUGAGCUCACCAAGGAUGCUGCUGGCAAUUUCAGCAUUAAGCCACUAUCAUCUGUGUGCUUUGUACUUGAUGCACUGAAGCCCAAGAAGAAGAAAGCUAAGGUUGCCAGCGCCAUGACAUUUGGAGCAAAAGUCAAUUUUGCUAAGCUUCGGGGGUCCAGCAACAUUCGUAUCAUUUGGAGGCUGAGGCGCUUUACUUGA